AUGUUCGACAGAAAAUACCUAGGAAUAACAGAUUACAUUGUAAUUUGUUCCUCACUUUUAAUAUCUGUAGGUAUCGGAAUAGCUUCGAGAUUAUUAUCCAGUGAACAAAAAACCACAAAAGAAUAUAUAUUGGCUGGAAAGAAGAUGAGUAGGCUUCCUGUCAUAUUGUCUAUUCUUGUAACUUUCGUAUCACCCACAACAAUGCUUGCUGUACCUGCAGAGAUUUACAAAUAUGGAAUAGGCUUCAUAACGCUUCCCUUUGGUCUUUCAAUUGGAGUACUUCUAGCAUCUUGGGUAUUUAUACCAGUGUAUUUUCAAUGUGGCGUUUCGACCAUCUAUGAGUUCCUAGAGAUGCGUUUUGGAAAGAUAAUUAGGUUCAUCAUCUCAACUCUAUUCCUUGUGCAAAUGAUGUUUUAUAUGGUUACUUGUCUGUAUGGAUCUGUAUUAGCAUUGAGCGCAGUCACUGAUAUAUCUCUUGAAAUUUCCAUGAUAUCAUUAGGGAUUAUUUGCACAAUAUAUUGUUCCAUAGGAGGAUUAAAAGCUGUUCUUUGGACAGAUGUUUUCCAAGCCAUACUCAUAUUAACAUGCACCGCAGCUUUAUACAUAGCUGGCAUUAAAGAUGCAGGAGGAGUAACUAACAUUUAUCAACGAGCAAGAGAAGGGAAUCGAUUAGAUGAUUUUUUUGAUCUCCGGCUGGACUUGACGAAACGCUUAGGUGUUUGGGGUUCAUUCUGCCGUGGACUUAUGUUUGGACUCUGUUAUUACGGAACCAAUCAAGUAGAAGUGCAAAGAGUUCUAAGUUUAAGUACCGUUGCUCGAGCCAAAUCCACACAACAAAUAAGCGUUUUGCCUAUGUUCAUUGUGUUUAUUGCUAAUAAUCUGUUUGGUUUGGUAUUAUACUCAAUUUAUUACAAAUGUGAUCCUAUUCUAAACAAAGAUCAAACUGGAUUGGAUAGGUAUGAUCAAAUUGUGCCAGCUUAUAUUGUGAAUACAUUUAGUUGGAUCCCUGGUAUGACAGGACUGUGUAUUGCUGGUCUUUUCAGUGCAGCGCUCAGUACUAUAUCUUCGUGCCUGAACUCGAUCGCCAGUGUGACUGUAAUAGAUAUUAUAAAGCCACUUUAUAGAAGAGGCAAUAUGUCAGAAAUACAAGUAGUGUGGUGUGCCAAAAUAUUAUGGGCUCCUAAUUUAUAUUUAUGGAUGACAGUCUCCGUCCUCACUAGCAAACAUCGCAUGGAAGGGCUAGGAUUCUCACCCAACAUGAAUCGGAUAGAGCAUGUGUAG